AUGAAAGAUAAUGUCAACGUUGGUGCGAGUGAGAGUGUUAAUGCCCCCGAGGAUGCAAAAGGAAAGAAGGCUGCCAUGAAGGAAGAAGAGGCCCCCGAGCCUAGCUUUUGUGAAAUUGACCCAAAGACGUGUGAUGUUGACUUCGACGCAGUUACACUAGCCAAAAAUGCCAAAGCCAGAGCAGCGGCUCAGAUAGUUGCCCGCGCAACGAGUGCCAGAAACCAACAGCUGGCUGCGACACAUAAGAGCCCUUUCUUAGGAAAUAGUACCACAAAGGGGAUCAUUCCAACGUCAGCAUCUCACUCCGGCCAGGUCCGUGGAUAUGAUCCUUUCGAUCAAACCGGUGUUAGGGCGAAGCAUACGACUCUAAUGAACUUUGUGAAAGCAAACCCUGCCUAUCCAAGACGUCCAAAAAACUCUUCGAUCGACUGCUAUUACAUUCUCUGGACACCGAAGAAAUGGCUAGCUGAUAUGCACAUGGAAGCUUAUAUUAACGUACUCAGGCUGCGAUUAUCCAAGCAUCCGAAGUGGUUUGUAUCCGAUCGGAUUUGCUUCCUCAACUCCAUGUUUGGUACGGUUUGGAGGCGUGACUACAAUGACUUCAAAAACUCUGAGCCGAAUGAUGAUGGUUCUGGCAAACUUCUACCACCUGGAGCGUAUUCGUACUACACAGGCAAAUUACCUAUCUACUGCCAGACUAAAAAGACGUGGGCCUAUGAAGUCGACCAUUUGUACUCAAUGUUGCACAUCAUGGGGGACCAUUGGGUAGCUAUCUGGAUUUCAUUUGUGACGAGGCAUAUCACGAUAUGGGAUAGUCAUGCGGGAACCAAAUAUGCAUCUGACGCCCAAAUUGAUGAAGCUGUGGAGCCUCUCACUGUUAUGAUACCCUACCUUCUUCAGUCCUAUGCACCUGCUGAAGACAAGUGGAGAUUCCCCUACACGCCGUUCAUACAUUCGCGAGUACCAGGUACGGAGAUACAAAACAUUCAGAGUGGUGAUUGUGGAGUCUACUGCCUGAAGUACAUCGAGUGUCAUGCUUUGGAUUUGCCAUUUCCUCUGCAACUUUGUGAUAAAAACAUUCGACAAAUCAGGGAGAAAAUGGCUGCAGAGAUCUUUGACGAAAUAGGUGCUAGGGGCCAUGAUAAGCUAGAUGCAACCGGGCUGGAUAUCUAUGAUAGGAAAGUUUAG